AUGCUCAGAGAUGGUGCAUCGAUGGCUAUAGCUUCCAUGUGGGCUUCCAUGGCGACUUGGUCCACAUCCACUGUUCUUUUCUGUGUUCUUAACCUCAUAAUCGCCACCAUCUUCAUAGCUUCAAACUUCAAUUCUCACAAUCACCAUCCCCAUAAUUUACAAAGUCAACUCGCUCGAUCUCCCUCGUUUCUUGAGCGAGUCAAGUCUGUGAAUUUAUCAUCUUUCUACAACACCGCAGAAUCACAUGAUGACGAUCAUAGGGUUCAAUAUGAUUCCACUGGGUACAGCUCACCAAAUCAACUCUACCGAGCUCCGUCUUUCUUGCAACGAGUCAAGUCCAUGGAUUUCUCUUUCAAUUCUUUCUACACAGCUCCUGUAGAUCAGUUGCACGAACAACACCAAAAUGAGUCGGAACAAACUCAUGAUGACUCAACUAGACAUCUCGCCCGGGUUCCAUCGAUUUUGGAGCGAGUCAUGUCGAUCAAGUUCUCCGCCGAAUCAGAACAACCCGGUAACUCAAUAGGUGAACCAUCUCGAGUUCAUUCGUUGUUGGACCGAGUCAAGUCGUUCAAACUCCCGUCCCUUUUAAACUCCGAUCAUCAUUCCGGUGACACAUUCUCUAGCCACGAUCAACGUUCAGACAUCGACCUGGACCCACAUCAAGAUCCAUUUCAUGACCACAACGUCACAAGUAACAUGUCAAAGGAUUCACGUGUGAUACCGAUGAAGAAACCAUCGACAAAUCUAACAAAAUCGCAUAGCGAGAGGAGGGUGGCGGAAUCCGACGAUGACAAAGAGGAAGUCGAGCGAAGGCGGCCGGAGACGAUGAAAGCAUCGGUUGGGGUGCAUGACGAAAGCGUGGAUGCAAGAGCUGAUGAUUUUAUUAGAAGGUUUAAGCAACAACUACAACUGCAAAGGAUUGAUUCAUUUAAAAAAUUUAGAGAAAUGUUGAACGGAGGAACUUCUUCCGGCUGA